AUGCUUAUUUUUGAGAGGCAAAAUUUCCGAUUCGGCCGCUCAGAGAGCAACGUCGGCUCUGCCACGGUAUCUGUAGGGCCGGAAAUCAUCAUUGCCGACUGGCUACUGGUCUGCGUGUCAGCCUUGUUCUUUGGCCUCCGCAUUUACAGCAAGGUUCUGCGGAAAACAUCUCUGUGGUGGGACGAUCAUGUUCUCGCUGCCGCUUGGCUUUGCCUCAUUCUCGAUGCCAUCGUCAACACUAUCAACAUUCGUCUUGGUUUUGGGAAACACAGGGAUACCAUAAAGGCCGACCACCUCAAGCAUAUCAACACUCUUACGCACCUCUCCACCACGGUAAUGAUGCUAGGUGCCGUCUGGAGCAAGACUUCGUUUGGCCUGACUGUUUUACGCCUUAUACGGGACAGACCAAAGGUUAGGGCACUGGUUCUGGUCAUCAUUGCAACGAUGAACUCGUUCAUAAUCUUCAACGUGAUAGCGGUAUGGAUACAAUGCGGAGUGGACGAGCAUGGGAAUGAAGACGACGAACUGAACUGCCUGAGCAUCAAAUUUACGGCUUCUUCCAUGAUGUUCGCUGGAAUAUACUCGGGUCUAAUGGACAUCGUGCUUGCCAUCCUGCCCUGGUGGCUGAUAUGGGACCUUCACAUGCAACGAAAGGAAAAGAUCGGAAUCGGUAUUGCCAUGAGCAUGGGUCUCUUACUCAUCAUCUGGGGCGCCGCUGAGGUAGCCACAACCAUCUGCGCAGCCUCCAUCCCACAACUCCGCGUGUUAGCCCGCGAGGUCGUCAUCAUUACGCAUCGGAGGCACGAAGAAAGCACCCACGGGCAUCAGCUGCAAGAGCAGCAGCAUCACAUGGCCGAAGCAAAACACAUUGAAACAAGCCAUGAUUCUGGUUCUGGCUUUGGCUCUGGCUCUCGCUCUGGCGCUACUGCGGUUGAUACACCAGCGGCAGUUCCACUUCAGCCACGACCAUCAAUGACAACCGGUCAAGAGACCUCCUCCAGGUUCGCACCCACAUCCGCGGCGGUCACGACGGAUCCUCGAUCAAAUUCCAGCGUUAGCAGCUAUACCGGGCUGCUUAGGGGUACCUCUGAGGUUGGGGUUGAAGUUGAACGGACUCACAACAAGAGCAAAAAGCAGGAGCCGGAGCGGGAGCGGGAUGGACAUGUACAUGGUCGUCCAUAUACUCAUAAUGUCCCUCGGGGAACGAAGGGGGGCUUCACAAACGCAGGAGGUUAG